CGUGCCGGGGAAGUUCCAACCGUUUGUAUUGAGCGCGGGAGCGUGACAUCAGCGGACGGAGAGGGAGACCUGCCUGUCGCUAUGGACAAGCAGGAUGAACUUCUUAAAGAGGCAGAGACCCUGGCACGCUAUAUGUCAGGAUACCAACAUGAGCUCCCACCCGACAUAAGCAAAACAUCACAAGCUCCAGAGGAAGCCCGGGAAGAAUUGUUGCAACAAUGUGAAGAAAUAUGGAAACAAAUGGAGGAGUGCCAGAGCAAACUGACAAUGUCUGGGCCAGAAACGCUGCCGGAGAUGGAUGUGCAGCUGUACUUGCUCAUGAUGCAAGUGAAAGCCCUAACUGCUGAAUAUGAACAGUGGCAGAAGAGAACACCUGAAAUAAUAUCUGACAACCAGGAUGUUCUGCUAGCUGUCGGAAAAGAAGAGUUAGAUAAAGUAGCCCGAGAGCUAGAGAUGGUCCUUUCAUCAGUCCAAGCAAAGAACAAGAAAUUGAAGAAAGAUCUGGAGAAAGAGCAAAACUGGUUGGAUGGCCAACAGAAAUUAGUAGAUGCUCUUACCUCCAGACAAGAUGAGCUGAAAAAUCAACUUUCUACAUUUUCAGAGAAAAGGGUUUUUCAAGACAUUGCAAAUAAACUUUUUAAGGUGAGAGCUUACAAAGAAGAACUCUUAUCAGCACUGGGGGAUUUUCUAGAGGAGCACUUUCCCCUUCCCGAAGAACAAGAGAACCAGAGUAAAAAGAAAAAGGGCCAGUCCGGGAAGAAAACUGUCCCCCUGAUGACAUUGCAUGAAAUUUUAGAGAUCCUCAUAAACAAACUGAUGACAACGCCACAUGAUCCUUAUAUUGUCAUAGAACCCCAUCACUGGCCUCCGUACAUAGAAAUGCUCCUGCGGUACGGCAUUGCGCUCAGACACCCAGAAGACCCCAACAGAAUACGUUUAGAAGCUUUCCAUCAGUGACUGAAAACCCCACCACACAUACAGUAAAGCCACUGCAUAACGUACCCCCACCUAUCACAGCCGCGUUGUAGUCACUGCAUUUGACUGUGCACUGGGUGCCGGACUGGCAGGACUCCAGGAGCAGAGACAAGUUGGUGAGCUCAGGGAGCGGUGGGAAGUCAACGGGACAUGUAAUAAAGCAAUGCUAAACAAGACUUUCCAUGCAGUGGGCCAGUCGGCCAUUACAUCACAUGACCAGGGAAAGGCCAUAAUAAUUUUGUGGAGUACCAAAUACGGCCUCCUGGCCUGCCCUGUUAUGUUCUGAGAACAUUUUUAACUAAAGAUGGAUUGGCUGAAGUAACAAGCUUUUCAGUGUGGUAGCUGGGAGUUGCAUUGCAUCAUGGUACUUCUCUUACAAUAGACGAGCUGCCAUGAUGAACAUUUUGGCUGGAUUAUUUACCUACUGUACCCUUUCCACACCAACACGAGUGCUCUUCUGUCAUGUACCUGAGAAACACAAGUUCAGCAUCAAAACCAUUCCUCUGGGAAGCUCUGAUACCUAGGGACAUGUGGAUAGAUAUUCUAUAUUCCUAUCUAUAUAUAUAUGUGUGCUUUCCAAUCGGAAUUGUAAAUAUGUCCUUGCCAGAAAUAUAGUAUUGCCACUAAAUCAUUGAUUUUCCCAGGAAAACAUUUUCCAGUCUGGAUUUUCAUAUCAUGAUGUCUCUGCCUCAUUGUUGCUCUAUUGGGCUGAAAGUACACGUAACACAUUCUAUUUACAAAGUCAGUCAUAUCGUGUACAGCCAUAAUAAGCAUGGCAACAGAAAUAAAACAAUUUAAAAGA